AUGAUUUCCCUUUUGACACUAGACAGUGAUGAGGGACUUCUUGCUCGUCUUGGAUAUAAACAAGAGCUCAAGAGACACUUCACACCCCUAGAGAUUUUUGGAUUUGCUUUCAGUCUUAUUGGGAUUGUACCUUCUUUCUCAUCAGUGGGUUUUUUUAUCUUGGGAUAUCAAUUUGUAUCCGUGCUAAUCUUCUCCAUCCCCAAUGGAGGCGCUUUUGCGAUGGUCUGGGGUUGGACUGUCUGUUCAAUAUUCAUUGCUGCAAUUGCCCUCACCGUUGGAGACAUAGCAUCUGCUGUGCCAACGUCUGGCGGACUUUAUUACUGGACGUUCAUGUUCUUGCCGGAGAAAUGGCAUGGAUUUUUAUGUUGGAUGGUAGGAUAUUCCAACACUAUCAGUAAUGUGGCUGACCUUACGAGUGUCAACUGGGGGUGUGCCGUGCAGAUUAUGGCGGCAGUGAGUAUCGGGUCUGAUCUCGCUUUUGAGGUGACUAUGGCUCAAACCUUUGGAUUAUAUUGUGCUCUUGUCCUUUGUCAUUGCCUGAUAUGCACCCUCAACUUGAGUAUUAUGGCUAGAUUGCAAACCGCUGUAGUGAUAAUUAAUGUUCUCUUGUUCUGUGUGAUCAUCAUAGGCCUUCCAGUGACAACUCCUGAACAAUUCAGAAACAAUGCAAAAUUUGCUUUCAAGGACUUCACCAAUGUAUCUGGAUGGCCCAAUGGCUUUGCGUUUAUCCUUAGCUUUUUAACCCCUUUAUGGGGUGUUGGAGCAUUUGAUGAUCCCAUCCAUAUGAGUGAGGAAGCAGCCAAUGCCAGCAUAGCCAUUCCAAUGGCUAUCAUUUGCUCCAUCUUUUCUGCCACUAUUUUUGGCUGGGCCAUGAAUAUCAUGCUAGUCUUCUGUAUGGGUCAAGAUUACCAAAGUAUCAUUGAUAGUCCUAUCGGUCAGCCCAUGGCCAUGAUAUUGUUCAAUUCCUUCGGGAAGACUGGCACUCUCAUCGUGUGGUCAUUUGUCAUCUUGACACAAUUUGCCAUGGGUACGAAUCAAAUGAUGACAGCCUCAAGGCAGAUCUUUGCCUUCUCUCGAGAUGGCAGUCUCCUGCUGUCCCAGUGGGUAUACUACGUCAAUCCUCAAACUCGGAUACCAACUGUCAUGAAUCACCCCUAUUUUUUGCUUAUCAUUAUCUUAUCUCAUCAACUUGUCAUUCGACUCUCGUCAUCAUUCCUCAUACCUGAUUCACAUCAUUCAUGA